AUGAAUGAGACUGCCUCAAACCGCACGAAGAAAGUGACCAGCGACUCCAUCUUCCGGGUGGUGUCAGUAUCCAAGAACUUCGCUACGUUGUCGGCUCUUGUUGUCGAAAAUGAAAGCAAACUACAGACAGCUUUUCCGGAAUUAACUAUAGACACUCCUGUGCGACUUGUUCUCCCGGAGUUUGGUUUGCCUGAGAAAGAUUGGUUAAGUGGUGGUAGAGAUAUUACCCUGUUAAUGCUUGCAAGCCAUACUUCUGGCCUUCCAAGGGAAAGCUACCUUACCCCUUUUAAUAUGGUGACUGGAUCGGGGAAGGCUGAUGCUCCCACGAUUGGGGGUUUGUGGGCUAGCUCAACUUCUGCUCAACUUCUCGAAAGCACGAGGAAGACAAACCUCAUGUUCGCCCCAGGCCAGCGAGCUGGAUAUUCAAAUGCUGGGAUCGCCAUUCUUGCGUCCGCUGUAGUUUCAUACUACAAUAAUCUCCAUGGGUCCAAUCUGACAUGGACCCAAUUUGCAGUGCAAGAGAUCUUAGCCCCGCUCAACCUGACUCACAGUUUCUUCGGCACUAUACCACUGGAGCUGAUCCCUUAUAUCGGCAUUCCCGGAGGCCCCAACUUUGUUGAUUUAAUAGUAGGCCUUGGUUACGACCCUGCUGUUGGGAUGUGGAGCUCAGCCAAUGAUCUUACAAAGUACCUCCACCACAUCUGGCUUUGUCCAGAGCCGUUGCCCCUUAUAACCUCGGCACAACGUCGUCGCAUCCUCAGACCCACGAUUUCUCUCCCAGACGGUAAACAACAAGCUGGACCAGGCUGGGAAAUCGACCUCAUAACAAUAUCCUCCUCCAGCGACGUCUCCACUUCGCUACAAUCAAAAACUUAUGCCUCGUACGGCAAAUCCGGUGAUGGCGGCGGCUUCCACGCUUGGAUAGAUGUCAUUCCAAACCUUGGAUAUGGAAUCGUGGUGCUUUCACAGCACUCGGGAUUACCGGAGUAUGCGCGCAUUGUGCCGACUAGCGUGCGGAACUCCAUCCAUGAAUUUUUGAUCCCAGCAUUUGCUGAGGUUCUAACAGAGAGAAUGAAAGACCGGUUUGCCGGUUCCUAUACAGACGGGAGGGAUGGAGGCGCAAUUCCAGAGGAAACAGAGGGUGCCGGUUCGAAUAAGACUUCUUAUGGUAGGCUGGAGGUCAAAGACCAAAUAUUGUACUUGCGAGAGCUUACCAUCAAUGGUACGAGCGCAUUGGAGGGCUUGGAUCGGCUGGGAUGGGAAGGCAAUGAUGGACCGAGAUUGUGGUCAACGCCAGAAGGGGUAGCGCUUACGCCAGCAGAAGGAGCUGGUGAGAACGAGGAGUUUGGCCCUGGAGCGCAGGUCUGGAGGAUGAUACUGCCCGGGUUGGAGGUUUGCGAUUGGUUCGAUUUUGACGGGUAUACGGAUCAGAAUGGCUGGCCUUUGAGUAAGGUUGUGCUUAUAGAGGGUAAGGGUAGCGCCGAGCUACACUAUCCACCCUAUGAUAUUGUUCUCUCAAGAAACAUCAAUUGA